AUGAUAUAUUUCAAUGCACUUACCCAGAAAACCUCGCCGUUAGCAACUUGUGCUGCAUGCUUACAAUAUCCUCCAUUGCUUGAAUCUGCUAGAUUUGUCUGGAGCAUGCUCCAUAAUGAUAUACUCAGCCAUGGAGAGCUGGAAAGACUUGUUAUACGGCCCUUCUCCCAAUUUUUCCAUACCGACACAAGACCCGGCAGAUGGCGGUUCGUUGCAGCUCAAGGAUAUCGAAUUUACGAUACCUCUCGUGAAGCUGCUCUUUUCGUUCUAGAGCCAUCAUCCACUUGUAUAGCUGAAGAAAUGCUCUGGGUCACCAGCAAGAUUAUCCAUCCGAAGCUCGGAAUGUUGAUGGGAAUAGUAGCUUCGAACCGAGAGGCACACCCUAACGCCUAUGGCCAAUGCUGGCCAGGAACUCCGGAUUCUCACCGAAGUGCGGGAGAAUGCAGUAGCUUGUGA